AUGGCGGGCUUGAAGCGUCGGUCGACCCGCCAGGCCGCCGUUCGCAAGCGAUCCAUCUACGCCGAGCCAGAUACCGACGACGACUUCGAGGUCGACAGCGAAGCAGACUACGAACCUGAACCCGAUGUCGAAGAGACCGCGCCACCGCCAAAGAAGCGCAAAGUCACCACACGACACAAACCGCAGACUCGAAGCAGAGCGAAGAGCAAGCCGGCGAACAAGACGGUCAGAUCUGUCUUCAAGAUUGGCAAGCCUCGCAAGGCGAACAGCAGCAAGGAUGUCGCGGCCUCGAAAAAGGAAUUCGCAGGCCCCAGCGAUCAUCGCAUACCUAAGUGGGCAUCGCUGCCGGUCGAUAUCCUCAGAGACAUCUUCAUCUUCGCAUCAUACCCACUUCACGAGGGAACCACAGAGUCGGGCAACAACGUCUCGUGGCUCAUCAAGUCGGCCUUGACGUGUCGCGCAUUUGCGCUUCCUGCUCUUGAAGCCUACUAUCAAUCACCGGCGAUGUUGACUUCGCUACAUCCACAUCACCUGCUGGAUCUUUUGCGCAUGCCCAAGGACAAGCGCUGGGUUGACUACAGCGUCAAGAUCAAGACCCUGUCUAUCGAUGUACGGAGGCUAGCCUACGUCGCUCACAACAAACCAUCAUUCGACCUUUGUCCGCUCGUUGCAGAGCUUCCCCAACUACAACACAUGGAGAUUCUACAUCCCAUGUAUCUACCUCCUUACCGCCCUUUCAAGAUUCAACGUUGGACCUUCCCCGCCACCGAGCUGUUUCAGACGAUGGAGCGCCACGACAUACGCCUCAAGAGUUGGAGAUGGUCGCGAGACAUGAUUCCAAAGAACGCAUUUCUUGAUCUGUAUGGAAUGAUGACGACCGCGCAUCAGAGCAAGGUCUUCAGCCGACUCGAUCGUUUGGUAGUCUGUGGCUUCAAUUACGAGGAUAGUUCUGAGCCUAAGGCGCCAGAAGGUUCAGAUGGUAUUUAUUGCAAACUUUACGACCUGGAUAAUGCUAAUCCAGCUACAGAAGCUAUUGCGACACCACCAGGGCUUGCGACUUCGAUACAGAAGCUACCUGCCAUUCAGGACCUGACCUUCAUAUCCUGCGACAUCAUCAUGGAGAAGUUCCUACAGCGCCUGCCACAAAACCUCCAGCGACUCGAAUUGAGCAACUGUCUUGAGAUCACCAGCGACAUGAUGCGCGCCUUUUUUAACACAUCGGGCGCGCAACUCAAGGAGCUGGUUCUAAAUCACAAUGCUGCUCUCAACCUCAGCUUUCUUCAAGCGCUCAAAGUGUCGUGCCCACGGCUUGAGGUCCUCAAGGUCGACUUGCACUACUACAGCGAGAGAUUUACCAUCAACGAUGCGACCGCACUCUACGACGAGCUCCUACCAGAAGAUGAGGUACCAACGUGGCCGUCAACUUUGCGGCAUCUGGAGAUCGUACAUGCUCAGAAGUGGUCACCUGAAUCGGCUCAAAACCUCUUCCGUUCGUUGAUUGACAGCGCGCCGGAGUUACUUGACUUGCGCAGUCUUGUACUACAAGCACACAUCAACAUCCCAUGGCGUGAUCGAGUCGGCUUUCGCGACCAGUGGAUAGAACGACUCCGUCGUGUCUAUCUUCGCAGAGAGAUAGAGCCAGCUAAGAAUCUCGGAUCUAUUCGCCAGUACAAGUUAUGGAAGCAGGCGCAAGGCCUUGACAAUGUCGAGAGUAUGGACGAACUGGGCCAUGACAACCAAGCUGAUGCGGCCCGCAUAACCCGGACGAUGUCCCACGUUCAGGUGUCUACCCACAAGUCGAGUGGUGAUACGGAAGCAUACUCUGACUCCGAUGUACCACCUGCCGCAGCACAUGGCCAGCCUCGACGCAGCAAGCGCGUGGCAGAGACGCAAGUCAGUCAAGCAUCCAAGUCCAACAGCCCGUCACCAGAGUCGGACGAAGAAUCCGAGAGUGAGGAAGAAGAAUGGCGCAAGCAGCCAGAGAAGUUCAUUCAGGGUCUCUGCCAGCUGGUCGAUAUUCGCAUCGACAAUCAGCGUCCACGCGAGAACCAAUGGACCGAAGGCGAUUUCCUCGAUAGCGAAGUCAGCGGCGAUGAGGAUUGGCAGGAAGGUGCUGAGUUUGAGGAGGAGACGUAUGCGUGGUGA